UGAAGGAGAUACGUAAUAAGCCUGCCUCCCGGAAGGUGCUGCAGAAAAAUAGUUGUGGCAGGGGCUUGGUACAUUCGCUGCGAGGAGGGAGUUCUGCAAUACUAGUGGUUCGGUCCCGGAGCUGCCUGGAAUACGCCCUUACCACCCACUCCGGCUCUCCUGUCUCUGCCUGAAAGAUGAUCCUGGACCGAGGGAGCGAGAACUCGGGCGACGGCUGCGAACGAGAGAACUGGCUGGGGUCGAGCCCUAUCAACCUGGGCUCCUUCUACCAGAGCUCCCCUGCGGCCAGCGAACCCUGCUCGCCCGCCUCGCCGCCGUCCGAGGCGUCCAGCUGCAGCGUCCCGUCCCCAGUGGCCUGCUCGGGCUCUGAAGCAAGGGGUCUGAAACAACCCUUCCAGGGAGUUCGAGUGAAGAAUCCAGUCAAGGACCUCCUUAAUCAUUUCAGGAGCACCCGCUCAGGCACCAAGCUGGAAAGUCACUUGCCUCAGUCAAAUUCAUCAGAAGAACCAUUUUCUCAAAUAAGAAGGCUCUUGAGUGGCCAAAAAAGAUCAGCUUUGGAGAACCUGACUGAUGUACCUCCAUAUAAACAAUCUGCAACACUUGCAUCAUCAUACCCGCUGACUCCGCCCCAGACUCCAAACUCUGAGAAUUCAGAUGGAGUCCAUAAAACUGAAUCAAGAAAUGAUGUAAAUCCAGAUGUUCUUGAGGCCAUAAUAAAAAUGUUGCGGAAUAACACCCAUGAGAUUUCUCUGAAUACUGUCCAGGUCAACUGGACCAAUGUUGGUAAGAAUGAUCAGGUUUUUGAAAGAGAAGGAAAAUUGCACAACAACAGUUAUAUGCAGGAAGUACGAAACUGCCAACUAUCCCCUGAACAGUGCCAGGACUUUCAGCAAUACCCAAUACACAGUCCGCCACAAAUCUCUGGACAACGGGAGGGACUUCAGCCAUUUCCAUUUCUUCCCAGUGGACUGGUCCCAGAUUUUCAUCCAAUGGCAAGUGAUUUUUCAGACUGUCCCCUUGCUUUUCCAAUGCACCCAAAUCCAUCCAUGUCUGAAGAGUUCUCAUUUCCUCAAGUUAAUCAUCAAACUGUGAGCAGUCAACAAUCAUCUGAAUUUUAUAUACCAGAUUGCAGUUCCCUACAGCCCAGCUCCCAGGGUGAUGUAUCACAGCCUGCCCCUUUGUACUAUCCAUCACAAACUCAAGGCAAGUCCUUCUUUCAAUGGCAACUUGAACAAGAAGAGAAGAAAUUGUCCCAUCUUACUCAAGAGCAACUUCUUUCCAAAGACUCUGAUGGUGACACUCUUUUACACAUUGCUGCUGCACAGGGCAGACGGGCCCUUGCAUAUGUCCUUGGAAAGAAGAUGGCUGCUGUUAACAUGAUAGAUGUUAAAGAACACAAUGGCCAGAGUGCUUUGCAAGUAGCUGUUGCUGCCAACCAGCACCUGAUUGUCCAGGACUUAGUAACCCUUGGAGCACAAGUGAAUACCUCAGAUCGCUGGGGCAGAACACCACUGCAUGUGGUUGCAGAAAAGGGUUACUUUCAAGUGCUUGUGGCCAUUGAAAAGGGGAUGACACAAAAUUGUCGGCAUCUCAAUCUGGAAGUUACAAACUUUGAUGGUAUGACAGCUCUACAUUGUGCAGUCCUGGCCCAGAACCGUGUGGUACAUGAGCUUCAGAGUAAAAUUCAUCAGCAACCUCUAUCUGUUGAGACACAGGAGCUGGUCAUGAAAAAGAAGAGCUUGUUGGAUACUAUUAAAACCUUAUUACAGAUGGGAGCAUCUAUUGAAACUCGGGAUCGGAAGAGCGGUCGCACUCCUCUGCACUUGGCUGCAGAAGAAGCAAACGUCGAACUUCUGCGUUACUUUCUUGAGCAACCAACCAGUCUGAAUGUUGUAAAUGCUAAGGCAUAUAAUGGGAACACUGCACUUCAUGUUGCAGCUGGCAUGCAAGACCGAGUCAGUCAGAUAGACGCUGUCCGGCUUCUGAUGAGAAAGGGAGCUGAUCCCAGUGCCAGAAACCUGGAGAAUGAACAGCCAGUACAUCUCGUGCCAGAUGGUUUAAGAGGAGAAGAAGUCAAGCGCAUUUUGAAGGGAAAAGCUGCCCAGUCAAGAAUGCCCCUCUUCUGACUUCCUAUUUUGGGAAGUUUACCGUCACCCUCACUGUCAGUUAGGCAGUCUUGUUAGUUUUGUACAGAGAUAUUUGCUAGUUAUAAGCAAAUGUGUGUUGUUUCUUUGAAAGAAACUUUAAUUGUUGACUACUGUGUAGUACUUAGUUUUAACAAAAAGACUUUCUAAUGAUAGUAUUAAUCUUCUUUUAUUUUGUUUUAAAACUGUACCUCUUUUCUUCUUUAGAAGGUAGAAACAUAAGAGGUUCAGUUGACUUUAGAUCUGUGGCCUGGAUUUUGUAGUCAGAAGUGAAGUGACACUGCUCAAUGUUGAUCUCACAGAGGCUGUUCAUAAAUUGUGCUUCCCCUUUUCAUUGCAUUAUUUUAGGUUUCUGACAGUAAUGACAUUUGCAGUCAAUCACAUUGAAGAAUCCUCAUGGACCACAAACUAGGAAAGAAGAGGCAUAUUUCUUGGCUAGUUUUAAACACUUUACAAUUUUUAUUUGUUCUCUGUAAUACACAUGAGAUUAGGGCAGAAUCUGAAAUAUACUUUUGAAAAUAUUUCUUAACUGCACUAUUUUGAAAUAUUGAUGAAUUACAAUCCACAGACAUAAGGGCAUAGAGUUUGCUAAUCAGUAAUUAAAUCUUAUAAUGCCAUUUUAAGUUUGCUUGCACCUCAAGUGAAACAGCACACAAUUUCAGGGUGUUUUAACAGUGAGGAUAGUAUGUAAAUAUUGGAUUAUAUUUGAAAGGGCAAAGUAAUGGAGCUUGUAGAAGAGCAUUAAUGACUUGCAGCAGCUUCACUUUAUUAACUUGCAUUAUAGUGUUACACUGGCUGGCAGUUUUGUUCUCAAUGCAAAUGGCAAAAUCCAGGCCAUUACUGUUUUAAAAAAAACGUAUUGCACAGAAUCAGUGUGACAUAUUGGUAAUAUUCAGAUGCAUAUCUUAUUGUAGUUUCAAAAUCGCAACUUUAGUAUCGUUAAUUGUAUGCUUUUUGUUCUAAACCAGGUGUGCAUCUGUGGGUGUUGUUUAAACCAAAUUCACUGCAUCCUAUAGGUUGAAUCAAAUGGUUUGACACAACGUUCAGGUGAAACAAUAGAUGUAGUAUGAAAUAAUUGGUAAGGCUUGAAGGGAGUUUUUUGUUUUUCAACAUAGAUGUCGACAUUUGCCUCGAUUCAUCCACUUGUGUGAAUAGAUCUUUUUGGGUCUAUUCGUAUUUAACAAUGAUGCAGUGAAAGCGUAUUAUUUCUGUAAAUUGUGCAAUUUUUUUUACUUGGGAAAUGUCUUUUUUUGGUAUUGUGUACAUUCCUUUUAACAAGAAGGAUUAGCUAGAUUUAUUCCACCUAUUUGUAUAGGAGAUUCUGAGAUUGGUAGAUCUACUAAUUGAUACAUAUGGGGUUUUCUUUAAAAAAGGUGUGAAGAUUGUUACCAGGAGGGAAGAGGUUAAUGAAAAUAGGAUGUAGGGUGGAGAAAAUAUUAAAGUAAUUUGCUGACUCUCAAAUUUUGGUUGAGGGAUGAAUUACUGAUUAUAAUUUGGAAGAUGGAGUGACAGUAUGUGUUGCCUUCAUGUGUUGAAAGAAAGUGACAAAUGGAUUGGGAGAAUUUUGGAUGAGUGUACAGAAUUGUACAAGCAUAAGUAUUCACUUCCUUAAUUUCCUGGGGGUAUAAAUACAUUUGUAUUCCUUAAUGUUUGUUUCUACAGGUAUAUAAUCAUAGUUCUCAUUGAGGAAAAUUCUGUAUUUCCUAAUUCAAUAUGCCUGACUUUUUUUUUUGUUUCUUAUGAUAAUAGUAGUUUAGCUUUUAAGCUAAAUUUGUUCAUAGUGAAAUUAACUUUUUAAUCAUUAAAUGUAUCAGGGCAAAAUUUAGCUUUAAAGUGCUAAUAAAUUGACUGUUUUGGGGGUAUUUUGUUAAAUCAUUCAAUGAAGUAUGUCUUGUGGACAGAUUCUCACUGUUAAUUCAUGCAACAUUAAAGAUUUUGAAUGUAUUGACUAUCUUGGUGUCAGUAUAUUUUGGGAAUUUCCUUCUGGUUUAACAGAUUUUUAAAUAAAGGUGUUUAAAACUGC